UGCGUGUUCUGUUCCUCGACAACGACCGAUGUCUGGUCCCUGCUUAGGCUUUGUUGAGGUGCCGCUGUGAAUUAUUGCUUCUUGUCACCAUGAGACCCCCCGUGCCGGACAUCGCGGUGCCUCGAUCCCGCAAGGCCUCCAUCGAACAGCAGUGGACCGAUCCCCGCAAUGCCACCCCCGCGACCUUCUUUUUGUCCCGCAAUCACGGUCCCGACGCCGAGGACGAGCCCUCCCCUGACGAGUCCGACGCCCCCAGGGAGAGUAUGUAUGGAGUAUACAGCCUGCAGGAAAGUGUCUUUCGGCCCAGUUCAGCUGCGUCGACGCCUCAGUCAGAUCAACCGGGUGAUAGUAAGCCCACCGGGGUCGAACCGGUUCCCACGGUGUAUCAGCCCCCCCUCCACGAUCAUGACGGCGAUGACGAGGAAGCUCCCGGCAUCACUCGCCGCAGAUCAACGCUCAAGCCACUCGACAGUUCUUAUCCCAGCAGACUGGAUCCCUCUAUUUCCUCCGAUCUGGCCUCGCCCCGGCCCCUAACGCCCUUGAAUCUCAGCAACCCCGACGACCCUUCAUCUCUCCCUAGCAGCCCCAAAUCUACUUCAAAUCAGUCUAUGCGCCAUCUAGAUGAGAUCUCAAUUACAGAUGAACUAAGUAGUCAAGCGGUUGCUUCCGGGGAAGAGGACGAUGAGCUUCGCUCGACGCAUAAUCCGGACCAUGAUAGCACAUCCCAGUUCAUCAUGCCUAGCAUUAAGAUGCCCAGUCGAAGGCCAUUCACAUCGCGCGGAAAGGCCCUAGGCAGAUUCAAGGUUCUCGUUGCAGGCCCUUCUGGCUCUGGCAAGUCCUCUCUCAUUAGGUCCAUUGUUCAGUCGUGCGAGGACAUCGUACAUGUUGACGACUUCCCCCCUACAUAUUCCUCGACACUGUCGCGAACAUCGCUCGCGAGAGUCCAAUUGUCUCAAACCCAUCGACUACCGUUGACAGCUACGUCGGAGGUCUACGCCAGUACCAAACCGUACCCAGCUUGGUGGUCAGAUUUGGAAGAUUCACGCGUACUCCGUCGGAGGAAAAGCACAGGCGACGUAGUCCUAGAGCGCAAUAUCUGCUUUGUUGAUACCCCAGCCAACUCUCUGAGUCGCUCCGGACAAGUUGAUGCCAUCAUACACUACAUGCGACAACAACUCCUCCGUGCAACAACAGCUUUCGAUUCCUGCAAUCAUGACUUUCAAAACCUGCUUGCGGGACACGGUGGGACUCAAGUUGACGCUUUACUCUAUCUUGUCUCUGAAGAUACACUUCCAACAGACAUGGAGUGCAUCAGACAACUCUGUGAAUGGACCAAUGUCAUCCCUUUGAUUGCCAAGGCCGAUCUAUUAAAUCCCGAGCAGAUCUCCGCACUCAAGUCAUCCUUUUACAAGCAUGCACAGGCUGCGUCUAUCAGGCCGUUUCUCUUUGGAAAUACAUGUCUUGGAGCCGAUGCCCUCGACGGGCAUUUGCCUUUCGCGGUGUCAUCGGCGAAAGCCAACGAUGACGAUGUGAUGGACGCUAGCACUCUAAUGAGCCCGGACUACGUUCAACCCCUGGUACCAUCCGAGUUGAUAUUGUUGGUCCAGAGGAUGUUCGAUGCUGAGAAUAUAGCCUGGAUGCGACACUCGGCCGCGAAGAAACUUACUCAACAACAGCGGGAGCACACCUAUCCACGCCCAAGCCGUCCCCAACAUGGUGCCCUAUCAUUCGAUCAUGGCACCCGCCGCAGCUCUCCGAGUUACACCAUGGCUCGGAUACCAGAUCACACCCGACAAGAGGAGAAACUGGCCCGCCUACAAUUGGCGAAAUGGGCGUCUGAAUUGCAGCAAAGCCUCCACAACGAACGUGAGAGGUACGCCGUUAUGGCAAGGGGCGAGCGUGCCGUCUGGCUCACAGAGCGGUUGGGCGAGUGUGUAGUAGAUGGGUCGUUGGUACCAAUCACACAGACGCCAGGCUUCUGCGGACUGCGCGCACCCACUGAGAAAGCCGGCGGCGGCGGUCUCCUUGUUCGAACGCAAAGUGGGCAGAACAUGGAUUAUCACAUUGCUAGAAUCCGCCCGCAAGAUCCUCUGGGACUCGUCUGGUGGUCAGAGGACCUGAAGCGACGAGGGUGGGCCAUUGUCCAGAUUGUGGGCAGUUUUGGCGUAGUCGGGGGGUUGGCUCUCUGGCUUGCUAAAGCAUGGGGGCUGUCCUCGCGCAGUCUCUCAGAAUGGCACUUUGAUUGGUGCGGUUCUAGUGACUAGGACGCUCAGUUAGAGCUAUACCAGUGCUGGUUUCUGAUCCCCGAGCCCUACCCCUUCUUCUCUCAUUCAUCAUCUGUCUUCAACCCCCUUCUCGAACCACGCCUCUUCAUCAAAGAACAAGGACCUCAUCCGUUCGGGGACGGCCUCAUCCCACCCCAACUCAUUGUUCAGGCGUUUACCGGAAUCAUCGUCGGCGUUAUGACCUGUUCUACCUCUCGCUAAUUACUUCUCCUCCUUUUCUCUUUUUGAAAUGCAUCCAUCCUCUUGUCUCCUGGGCAUAUUUGAUGAACAUAUAUAUACUUGAUGUACGAACCGAACCGUAACGCAACGUGGAGUAUUUAAAAUUUAGCGAUUUAUCUGCCCC